UUGUUUCUUGAUGGCCUAUCAAAGUACAUGGUUAUAAAUUCAUGGGGACGCUUAUCCCAGUGCCGCGGGCAGGUGUAGUUAUGUCCAAGGUUAUGAAGGUUAUGUCCACAUCUAGACUGUUCUAGCCUUGGCUAUAACCUUACCGUGAUCACCCCGGGCCUCACAAGUGCCGACAAGUCCUCGAGUUUCGAAAGGUGCAUCCUGAUGUAUUGUCCCAUGUCCGUCCUUAUAUAUGGCAGAUGUAGCCACAUUGUCGUAGACCAUUCAUCUUCCACCCAGAAGAUGUGCUGUGGAGUUUCCAGCUCUAGUGUGUAUACGUGACAUCGACUACAAAACGGUGGUAGCACAGAGCAGAGUCAUGUCUCACGUGCUUUCUCUGUGCCAGAAUGAUCCCAUACAUACACUCCUCAUGACUAUCGAAGGAGUACCCAUGUACCAAAUCGACACCCCUGAUACAUGGAUCACAGGAACGACAACGGUUAGCCGCUAUGAACUCGAAGGAUCCAGUACCGGUCGUGUAUUAUCGUUAGUCGGCGAGAUUACGUACCAUAGAGUGAAUGGGUUGAGGCUGCAGAUACUCGAUUCAGAGAGUAGCCUCGAAAUCACGUUACUUCAAAAUCCAGACGAGGGUGUAGAUCGCCCCUGGAGUUUCAUAGGAUUUGAUGGUCGACCGUAUAUUUGGAGAAUGUUGUUUCAAUCACCUGUGCUAUUUCUGAACGAUAAUUCACAGACACCAUUGGCACGAUAUCGACGCGCGAAACUUGGGAUCGUAUCUCGCUCAAGGCGUGCUUUUCUGGAGAUAUUUCCGGCCGGGAUCAAUAUCACUGACUUCAUUGUAGUCACUUUCGUCACUUUCUCGAAGCAGCGUAUGGUGGAGGAAGUAGAGAAUAUCCCAUCGUCACCCAUUUAGAUUGUUAUACCCCGUCAAGUUUUGGUUUCUUGGCUCCGUCGCCCUGCUUUCUAUUGCUAUCGUUACGUGCUCAACGGGAAUUUAGAAGAAAUCGCCAGCUUGCAGUUUUUGAUGUUCACGAGGGGUAAAAGGAUUGUUCAUGGUUUAUGGUUUACGGGUCUAUUUGAUUGUUAUCGCUGCGGAUACUGUCUUGUUUGUCAUACUCAUACUUCGUUAUAAGGUACUGUACGAGCAUUAACAGGCUACUCCACUGAAUCACAGAAAUCGCCAUCUGACAUUUACAACC